CGCCGCCCCCGCCGCACCAUGGCCGAGAGCGACUGGGACACCGUGACGGUGCUGCGCAAGAAGGGCCCCACGGCCGCACAGGCCAAGUCUAAGCAGGCCAUCUUAGCAGCUCAGAGACGAGGAGAAGAUGUGGAGACAUCCAAGAAAUGGGCUGCUGGCCAGAACAAGCAGCAUUCCAUCACUAAGAACACGGCCAAGCUAGACCGGGAGACAGAGGAGCUGCAUCACGACAGGGUGACCCUGGAGGUGGGCAAAGUGAUUUAGCGGGGCCGGCAGAGCAAGGGCCUGACGCAGAAGGACCUGGCCACGAAAAUCAAUGAAAAGCCGCAAGUCAUCGCAGACUAUGAAAGUGGACGGGCCAUUCCGAAUAACCAGGUUUUGGGCAAAAUUGAGAGAGCCAUCGGCCUCAAGCUCUGGGGGAAGGACAUCGGGUAGCCUAUCGAGAAGGGGCCGAAGGCGAAAUGAACACAAAGCCUCGAAGCCAGUGAUUCCGGCUGAGCUCUUCUGGCUGGUCCCCCAGGACCACCAGCACUGCCUUGGGUCUCCUC